AUGCUCAGAGCUCACGCGUGUGUUUUACGCGCGAGGAAACCCUUUCCGAAAGGACGAUUCUGUGAAUGUCACGACGGAAAAAACGCGGUCCGGUUAGAGAAAUAUUUAACGGAUGAAUCCACACUGAAAUUGAGCACUGUCUGGCUGAAAAAAUAUGAUAGAAUACGUAUUUUAAUUCAGAAGAAAAUAUCUUCGAGAUGCUUUGCCUCCCUUCUUUCGGGCGAGGAAGUGAUACCUCUCUCCUCUCUUAUCGCUAUUUUGAAACAGCAAAAGAUAAAACAUCUUUUUAAUCAACAUUCCAACUCAGUGAAGCAAUGUUCACCGCAUGAUAUUUUCAGUCUCGACACGAUGACUUUUCUGAGAAAUUGAUUAUUCUUGAAAAAAAUUUAUUUUCAGUGCAAAAAUAUUUUAGUAUAAAUAAAUACAUUACUAGUACCCACCG